CGCGAUAGUUCCUCAGUGGGUCGAGGAGCAGUAUGGCAGCCGUGGCGCUGAGGUCCUGCCGCAGAGGACUUUCACAUAUUUCAAGCAAUGGAGGGCUCGCUGCUUUGUCUUUAAAGCGUCUUGAAGGAGGUAGGAGACACAAGUCCACAGUCCAGUAUGCUUCACGGCCAGACCUCCCCAAGUUGGCCUACAGAAGAACUAAGGGGAAGAGUCCAGGAGUGGUCUUCCUCCCCGGAUAUGGCUCCAGCAUGAAUGGGCAGAAAGCUGAGUCACUGGAGGAGUUCUGUAGGUCACUAGGACACUCAUAUCUUAGGUUUGACUACACAGGACAUGGGGCCUCGGAGGGGGUGCUAGCAGAAGGGACGAUUGGUACCUGGAAAAAAGACGUCCUCUUCGUGUUGGAUGAGUUAGUAGAGGGGCCACAGAUAUUGGUGGGUUCCAGUAUAGGCGGUUGGCUCAUGCUGCUCGCAGCCAUUGCAAGACCAGAGAAGACUGCAGCACUUGUAGGCAUCUCCACUGCUGCUGAUCACAUUGUCACAUCCUUCAACGCUCUUUCUCUGGAGACACGCAAAGAGUACGAGGAGAAGGGGGAGUGGACCGUGCCCACCAAACAUUCAGAGGAGGGUUUUUACAAGUUUAACAUGGACUUUCUGAAGGAGGCAGAAAACCACUGUGUGCUCCAGAGUCCCAUCCCCAUCACCUGUCCAGUACGGCUCAUUCAUGGGCUGAAGGACGAGGACGUCCCGUGGCACAUCUCCAUGCAGGUUGCAGAACGCGUCCUCAGCCCUGACGUGGACGUCAUCCUGCGGCGACACGGCCAGCACCGCAUGUCUGACAAAGAUGACAUCAAGCUCAUGGUCUACACUAUUGACGAUCUCAUAGACAAGCUGACCACUUUGGUCUGAGUACAGGGCGGGGGGAGUGAGCUUGAGAGGUUGCUGAGAUAAAAGAGAGAAAGACUUUGUUUACUUGGAAGUCGACCCUCAAGAAUUUACCAAACAAUGGCAUGCGUCUCCGCCAAAUACGACCUUUUAUCUCCUUGUACUUCAUCUGUCAUUUCAACGAGCCGUUACAGUGCAAACUACAUUGAGGGGAGCUCUCCUGUUAGCUGUUAGCCCCUUAUAUCUUCAGGUUGCAUUUUGUAUGUGUUCCACGUUAAUAUACGGAGUGUUACGUUGGUCUUUACUAGGUCUUCUGUUGCUGCUGUGUACCGCUGUUCUCAUCGUUUAACUGUUCUCCCCUCCCUCUUUACUUAGAUGGAUAGUUUUCCUGUGCCUUUUUUAAUCACUUUUCAACUGUUUUGGCCAAUAAAACCUCUGCACAUUACA